AUGAACGCCUCACGGGGUCCAUGCAGUGCUCAGGUGUGUGAGCCUCCUGAGCACAGGCACCCAGGUAGCCGCUGGAAUAUCAGCAUCGACGAGCGCAGGCGUCUGGCCAUGCUGCACGCGCAGGACAGGACAAACACAGCCAGGGCCCCAUCUAAAGACACGCUGGGCCUGCACAUCCCUGCCCGGCCAGCUACGUCCUCCCCAGUGACCGGGCCUGCCUCAACCUCUCCCAACCAGAUCCCCGAAGCCAUGGUCGGUCCCCCGCUGGACAUUAUGCGCAUGGUGGCGGAGGUGGUGUCCGAGGGUGUGGACAGAGAUUUGCUCCUGCCUCACCUGGGACAUUCUACCAGGCACUCCAACACCUUCCACAACUUCUUGGCUCAGAGUACUCCCCUCUGGCAGAAUGAGAAUUUUGAGCCCCACACCACAAGGUCACCCCACUCCUAAGAAGGAUCCCUGCUUAGCCGGG